AUGGUGAGCUCGGGCUGGCGAACGGCCAUCGGGGUGCUGAUUGUGACUGGCAUUGCCGUGGCUUGGGUUGGAUCGACGCAGUACACCCAGAGUGCCUUGAAGGAUGGCCACUUUGACGCGCCCUUCUUCUCCGUGUGGUAUUCCACCGCCUUUCUGAUCCUUCUCUACCCCAUCACGUGGAUCGUCAUCACCCUCUACACCCAGACCACAACAAAAUCACCAACCGGGUCGACACACCCUUCCUUGCACAUGCCGCCACCCGGCGCGCCCUCCAUCAAUCACGAGCGCGAUUCGCUGCUUGCAUCACACACCGCUGUUGGUGCUGCUGCCGCCGCCGCCGCUGCCGCUGCUGCUGCUGCAAGCCCCUCCCUUCACGCUGCCAUCCUUGACGAUUUGUUGUCUCAGUUUGGUCGCACCCUCCCGGAAUGGGCAGGCAAGGAUGUCCUCCCAGCCGAUGAUCCCUCGGCCAGUCUGCCGCAGCCAGGCCCGCCGCGGCUUGCGACGGCCUUUUGGCGGCGAUGGGUGGCGUAUGAUGGGCACCAGGCACCGCGAACGAUUCAGGCCUUCUGUCUGACACUUCCCUUUGUGGUCUUGUGGGUUGGGGCCAACUACGCCUACUCGCGCGCUCUCAUCUACAUCAGCGCUACCGACGUGACGGCCAUUUUUGCUGCCACACCUGCCAUCGUCUAUGUCCUCUCGCGUCUGGUUUUACAUGAGCCAUGGAUGGCCAUCCGCCUCCUGGCCGUGGCGCUCACCGUGGCGGGCGUGGUGCUCGUAGCCGUGGCUGAGCGCCUCCAGCAUCUCAACCCCCAGGGCGUCCUCUUCACCGUCCUGGCCGCCUGCUGCGCGGGAUCGUACAAAGUCUUGCUCAAAGUCUUCCUCCGCGAUGCCAAUGGCCGAGCCAUCAGCCUUUUCAUGUCCCUCUUGGCCCUCGCCAACACCCUCUUGCUCUGGCCUGUGGCACUCCUGUUGCAACUGCUGGGACCAGAAGCCUUUGUCUAUGCCAGCGUCCCUUGGCCCAACGUGUCCAUCGCUGCCUGCCUCUCCCUGUGUGUCAACUUUCUGAUCAACUUUGGCAUUGCCUUUACCUAUCCCCUCUUCAUCUCCAUCGGCACCAUCGUCGGCACCCCAAUCAACGCUGUCGUGGACUACAAGGUCCACGGCAUCAUCCCCGCCCCCCUGCAAAUCGCCGGCUGUAGCAUCAUCUGCCUUGCCUUUCUUCUCAUGCUAACCAGUGGCACCAAUCAGCACCGUCAUGAGCCCUUCGAUGUGACCCCUGCCCCUGCCGGCCCAAACAAGUCCCAACUGCCAUCCUAG